CGCUCUCUGUAGUCAAUCAAAAUCGAGCGAAACCGAAGCGCUUCGAGUUACUUGGAGAUCGGCCCGAGAGGGCCAGAGAGCGCCGUCCCCCACCUUCGUUUCGAAUUGGAUCCUUAGGUAUAACAGAAACUUUCAGAGAUCAAAACAUUUAAUCAAUUCAUACUCCGUAUUUGACGAGAUUAGGCAGUUCUUAAGCAUAUUGCUGCCACGCAUAUAAGUAAUCCGUAGUCCACUUUAGAGGACACUGAACGAGAAAAGUUUUCUUAUUUUCACUAAGAGACAAUGCAGAAUCAGGAAGGCCCCAAAGCAGAUGGGGAAUUGGAGGCUGCGGCAUCCACUCCGACACCUGAGUUUGAUGAUUGGCCAAAUUUUGGAGAUGAUGAUAUUAUGCAGCAGCAGUCUGCAAUCCGGGCUGAGGAAGCGGAUAAAACCCCAUUUGUAGGCAAUAAGGAGCCACUGUCUUCACUGGCAGCUGAAUAUAAAUCAGGGAGCCCUAUCUUGUUGGAAAAAAUUAAGGUUCUUGGUGAAAAAUAUGAUGCAAUUCGGCGAACACGAGGAGAUGGAAACUGCUUCUUUCGAAGCUUUAUGUUUUCAUACCUUGAGCAUAUUUUGGAAUCACAAGAUCGGAAAGAAGUUGAUCAUGUCAAAGUUAAUGUUGAGCAAUGUAGAAAAACACUUCAGAGCUUGGGUUAUGCAGACUUCACUUUUGAAGACUUUUUUGCGUUAUUCCUUGAGCAGCUGGAAAGCGUUCUUCAAGGAAAUGAAACUUCAAUAAGUCAAGAUGAGCUUUUACUCAGGAGUCGAGAUCAAUCAAUAUCUGAUUAUGUUGUAAUGUUUUUCAGAUUUGUUACCUCUGGUGAAAUAAGAAGGCGCUCAGAGUUUUUUGAACCUUUUAUAAUGGGUUUAACAAAUACAACCGUAGAGCAGUUUUGCAAGUCAUCAGUGGAACCAAUGGGUGAAGAGAGUGACCAUGUGCACAUUACUGCGUUGUCAGAUGCAUUGGGUGUGCCAAUCCGUGUCGUGUACCUUGAUCGCAGCUCCUGUGAUAGUGGUGGUGUUAGUGUAAAUCAUCAUGAUUUUAUUCCUGCUGUUGGUGAUCUAACAAAUGCAAGUGGUAGCUCUGAGACAGUUAGUCCCUUUAUCACCUUGCUAUAUCGCCCUGGUCACUAUGAUAUUCUCUACCCGAAGUGAUGCUCAUUACAUGUUUGAUGGUUGUUUUUGACGUCCUUGUCAGCCAACGGGGCUGCUCUCAGGCUAAAUCUCUGUCGAUAGGACAUCUGCUGUGGGAAGGUGGCUUGGACAUCUGCUGUGGGAAGGUGAAAGCCAAAGCUCUGUAUUUUAGUUCAUGCUGUAACUUUUUCUGAGACUGUUCAAAAACUUCCGAGCUGUGUGACUGACAAUGGGACAUAAACAUGAGGUUCUCUGAAACUUGGGACGGUUGUAGCUUUCAAUUAUGAAUUGCGUGAACUAUGGAAUUGCAUUCAUUAAAACAUUACCCGUUUAGUCCUCCUGGUUGGGUUGAAACUCAAAACUCAUAGUUCAGUAUAUGUUGUUAACUUUUUUGGAGAAAGUCUACGGUUCGUUUGGUUACUUGUAUU